CUGGGAGCAGGAAAGCGGAGCAGCGGAUGGUUUCUUAUCUUCCAGCAGCUUAAAGUCGCAGCCGCUCACACACACUCACGUUUGCGCUGUUUUAACGCGCAGAACGAACCCGCGGAGCUCACACAGAACCACCGGAGCGCAGCGGAGCGCAGCGGAACCAUGGAGGUGAAGGAGGUCCAGGUGAUAACUCGGACGGAAAGCGACGCAACUUUUAAAGCUGUAACAAGGAAAAGUUGAGAGCGGAGAUUUGUUGCGUUUGUUUGCGUGGUUUCUGGUUUCCUCUGGAGCUCGGUGGGAUUAUUGCGUCCUUCCAUCGGCUCGGUACCGGGAGGACCGGGGGGAGGACCGGGGGGAGGACCGGGGGAGGACCGGGGGAGUAAUCCAGUAACCCAGUGUGUGCGUAAAGAGAGAGAUGCUUGGUGGCCACGUCCCCUUGGAGACUGGAGAGACUAACACGUGAUGAGCUUUACUUAUCAGGUUUAGAGGGAGAGAGACACUCGCUGAGGGGGGGAGAGAGAGAGAGAGAGAGAGACAGACAGAGAGACAGACAGAGAGACAGACAGACAGACAGAGAGAGAGAGAGAGAGAGAGAGAGAGAGACAGGACGCGCUCUGGAGGAAUUGAAAUAAAAAUAAAACCUUCAACAACAACUUGAACUCAACAGUUUCCUCUCGACGACUCCUGCUGGACGCUGCUCUCUUCCUCCGGGAGCAGAGGAGGAAGAAGAAGAAGAAGAAGAGGAGGAGGAGGCGGUUGGAGGAGGGAGGGGAGGGGUGGAGGAGGGGAGGAGGAGAAGCCGGAGUAAAGUUUGUCCAAGUUUGCACAUCCCUUCGGAAACGCCAUUUUGAUUCCUCUCCUCUCCGGCGCAAGUUUGCAGCCUCUCUCUCUCUCUCCCUUCUUUUUUUUUUUUCUUCAUCCCCCCCUCCUUUUAUCAUCCACCAUCACCGCCGCUCAUCAUCAUCAUCAUCAUCAUCCUCACCCUCAUCGCCCCCACCAUCAUCAUCCUCGCCACGAUGUCUCGGCGCAAGCAGCCCAACCCCAACAGAGUCAACCUGUGAGCAGUGGUUGCAGACACACACACAACAAACCCCGCCCCCCUCCCGCCCCGCCCCGAGACACGAGCGAGCGAACGUUGCUUUACGAAAAGGACGGCAGUCAUGGAAAACUCCACGGAGGAGCAGAGAGAGGAGAUAAAUGAGGAGGAGUCGGAGCUAAAAGAGGAGAAAACAACGCACAAUAAUCUCAAAGCAAUCAACGGAGUGAUGGAGGAGGCAGCGAGCGGAGGAGAGAAGCUACAGAACGGAGACCGAGGAGGAGGAGGAGGAGGAGGAGGAAUCAUGGCAGCUGAAGGAGGAGGAGAUCUUUCCUCCAUCAACGCCAUGAUGUCAGCGGUGAUGUCAGCAGCAGGGACCAUCAAUGGCGAAGGAGAAGGAGGGAGCGGAGUCACCUCGGCCAACUCCUCCGCGGGGCCGUCCCCGAGCCCCUCCCCCAGCAAGUCGCUCACGGCCGCCAUGAGAGCGCCGCCGGGCCGCAACGCACGACGCACCCAGGACACCAAAGACGACAGCUCAGCUUUUAUCUGUCCGCUCUGUGACAAGAACUGUCAGACACAACACCAGCUCACUAUGCACAUCAGACAGCACAACGCCGACACCGGAGCCACGGACCACUCCUGUAGCAUCUGUGGGAAGUGCCUGAGCUCGGCCUCGUCGCUGGACAGACACAUGCUGGUCCACAGCGGGGAGAGACCCUACAAAUGUAACAUCUGUGGACAGACCUUCACCACCAACGGCAACAUGCACAGGCAUAUGAAGAUCCAUGAAAAGGACCCGGCCAGCGGUCUUCUCCCCAUCAGCCCGCCCUCGCCGACCAAACGGCGCCGUCCAUCCGUCAAGAGGAGGCAGGAGGAGGAGAACGGAGAGGAGCCACCCAGCAAGAAGGUGGUGGAGGACGCGGCGGCGGAGGAGGCGGCGGCGGCGGUUCGUGGAGCGGAGGAGGAGCUGCUGCCCUGUCCAAUCUGCUUCAAGACCUGCAGCUCCAGACUGGAGCUGGACGCACACAUGGACACACACCCCGACACCGCACUGAGGUGCGACCUCUGCUGCCUGUCUUUCCGAACACACCGCGGUAUGUUACGUCACAAUGCCGGCGUUCACAAGCUGCUCCCCCAAGACCCCAGUGGUCGCCCCUUCAUCCAGAACAACCCUUCCAUCCCCACGGGAUUCAACGACCUGGCCUUUAUUGACUUCUCCUGCAAGAAGUUUGCUCACAUCGCGCAGGUCUGGUGUGAGACAAACCUCCGUCGCUGUAUCAGUAAGUUUCAUCGGUUCGUCUGUGAUUGCUGUGACAAGGCGUUCCCCCUUCGCUCUGCCCUGGACCUUCAUAAAACCACCUCCCACCCGGACAAACCCACUGACGUGGAGGAAAUGGAGGACGAAGCAGAGGAUGGAGCUGCAGAAAACAGUGAUGAGAACGACAGUGAGGAUAGUAAGAAGGAAGUCCUGCCCUUGGAGCAGGCCAGCUUUUUGGAAGCGUUGGGUCUUCAGCACAUUUCUACGGUGAAGUCCGGUCCUACUGACGAUGAGAUCCAUCAGGCGCACCUGGACAGCAUUAAGGUGAUCCACGUGGAGCCGCCAUCCUCCAGCCUUCCCCAGGAGCCGGCCUCAGCGUACCUCUCCGGAGGUCUGGGGCUGACUUUGGGGCUCGGUGUGGGUGGUCUGGCUGCCCUCAGCAUCCCCCUGCUGGAGGCCUCUGGCUCCGCCUCCGCCCUGCAGGGCCUCUCUCAGCGAGAGGCCCUCGGCCUACUCUCCCUGCAGCCCUUUCAGACCGGCUUCCUCCUGCAGCCUGACGGGGGCGCUGCAACAGGUAGUGCAGCCUCAUCAGGGGUCAAACCCGGAGAGGCAGGUGGAGCCGGGAUCAUGGAGCUCGCAGACAUCCAGCAGAUCCUCAAAGUGGCGAGCGCAGCACCGAAUCAGAUGGGACUGACCCUCCCACCUCUGGCCAAAGCUCCAGGAUUUGCUGGAGGUGCUCAAGGUCAAGUCCAGGGUCAGAAGGCAAUGCCUCCAUUAAAGCCCAAACCUCCCAUCACCCCCCGCUCCAGCCUUACAGCGACGACUCCGCCCCCCCUCCAGAGCUCCCAGCAGGCCUCACUGGGCUGCAUCAGCCCCAGCCUGCCACCUCCCACCCCGACUCUCUUCAAAGCACCCUCCUCAUCCUCAUCAUCGUCCUCUUCAGCUGGGAAUGGAGGGCAGUUGGAUGCAGAGUGUAUGGGUGACGCUCACACGCCUUUGUCUGAUUCGCCACCAGCUGCUACAACAGCAGUACAUGAGGAGGCGGGGCUUAGCGGGAGAAAGCCAGGAACCAAGGGGGGAAACAACGCCAACGCUGGCUCGGCUAAAGGCUCAUUCCCAUGCCGAUUCUGCGACCAGGUGUUCGCCUUCUCCGGCGUCCUGCAGGCUCACAUGCGCUUCCACCUCGGCAUCCUUCCCCACCAAUGCAACAUCUGCGACUACGUGGCUCCAGACAAAGCCACGCUGAUCCGACACCUGCGGACACACAGUGGCGAGCGACCCUAUGUCUGCCGGGUCUGCCAUUAUCCUUUCACUGUCAAGGCCAACUGCGAGCGCCACCUCAGGAAGAAGCACGCCAAGACCUCGAGGAAGGACAUUGAGAAAAACAUCAAGUACGUCACUUCCACCACCACAGCGAACAUCGCAGCAGCAAUCACCGCUGCAACAACCACCGGCCAGGACACGGAGACAGGAGCUGAGACAACGUGCCGGUUCUGUGGCGAGGACCUGAAGAGCUACCGGUCUCUGCAGAUCCACCUGCGCACACACAACGGCUGCCAGAGGAAGCCAUUUGAGUGCCGGCGUUGCGGCGCUGCCUUCCUGGCUAAACGCAACUGCAUCCACCACCUGCUCAAGCAGCACCCUGAGGUGCAGGAGAGGGAGAUCGAAGAGCAUAUUGCCACACUCCUGCCUGCCACUGUGCCCGCCGCUACCGUCGCCUCUGGUCGGGCUACUGCAGCGAACCAGAUGGCGCUGAACGGGAUCAGUCAGCCUCCGAUUCAGGCACUACAGGCAGUGAAAGUGGAGGAGCUGGCUAACGUGAUUUAUCCUACAGAACUGGACCAGCCACUGGACUUCUCUGCCAAGGGUCGUGGAUCCGGCAGCCAGUCGGGGUCUCCUGGGGUCAAACUGGAGAGCGUCUCCCCCAGCUUCGACUGCUCCGUCCUGGACCAGCCCAUCGAUCUCUCCAUCCCCAGCAAGAGGCAGAGGAGGGAAGCAGCCGGCGCCGGAGAGAAGAGGGAGAUCAAGACGGAGCAGAGCGGCAGCAGCAUCGUUGACCAGCAGCACGCUCUGGCUUUGUCAAAAGAGGAGAAGACGGCGAGCACCCUGCCUCCUCUACACCCUCACCCCCAACUUGGCUGCUACCAGCUACCCCCCGGAUCCACCCCGCCCCCGCCUCCCUCCCCCAACCUCAGCAACAACUCAGCACGAGCCCAGCGCCUCAAACCCCUGCUCCCUAAACCAGCCUCCUCUACCUCCUCCUCCUCACCCUCCACUGCCCUCAAGGAGCUCCCUCCUCUGGCCUCCAUCGCUCAGAUCAUCCACUCUGUCUCCGGAGCUCCAGACCUGCUGAAGAGAGAGACCGUCGCACUGGAGGGUAAAGCCCAGGCGGGUGCUGCCUCUCAGGCCGAUUCUGCUGCAGACGCCCCGGGACCCUCCGCUGUUCCAGAGACACAAAGUGAGGAUGUGUCUGAGGGACCCUCCAGAAAGCGGACCAGGAAGAAGCCUGCUGCCCUGGCAGUGAAGGAGAAGGCCACAGUAAGCAGCAGCAGCAGCAGCAGCAGCAGCGGAGGUGGCGGGGGCAUCGACCUGGAGUCCAGCGGGGAGUUCGCCAGCGUGGAGAAGAUGUUGGCCACCACUGACGCCAACAAGUUCAGCACCUACCUGCAGACCGGAGCUGCAGACCUGGGAGGAAAGAGAGAUGCUGACAGAGCAGGAGGAGGGGAGGAGAAGGAGGGAGGAACGAAGGAGGAGGUAAAGACGGCAGCGGUGGCGCCGCAGUCCAAAGGAAAGAAGAACGCCUACUCCAACUCUGUCCAGAAGAUGACCUGCCCCUUCUGCCCCCGAGUGUUCCCCUGGGCCAGCUCUCUGCAGAGACACAUGUUGACACACACCGGUAAUACACAGCCACCAAUUAGGGCUGCACGAUAUGGCCAGAAGCCUUUCCCGUGUCCGAAAUGCGACGCCUUUUUCUCCACCAAAUCUAACUGUGAGCGCCACCUGCUGAGGAAACACGGUGUGACCCACCGAACGCUGCGACGCAACGGCGCCCUCACCAAGAAAGACGGUGACGAAGGAUCGCACGAGAGCGCAGAGAGUCAGUCGGAGACGGAGCAGGUAGCACAAGAAGCACAAGAUCUCAGCGCCUGUGCAGACUCCGGCCCCACAGCAGAUAGCCCCGCCCCAUCAGACCAACAGGAGGCAGAGCCAAUGACGCCGAGCCCCACCCACAAGCCAAGCCACGGUUGCAGUCCAGCUGAAAGUGUUGCAGAGCAGCCGGAGACAGAAACCACAGAGCAGCCGGACCAGCAGAGGGCGCCAGAGAGCAGAGCAGCACAGGGAAAACAGCCUCCACUGAGCAGCAGCAGCAAGGCGGAGAGCGCCGACGAUGACGACUGCCACAGCAACAAAAGUCUGGACCUUAACUUCGGCAAAAAGCUCAUCGACUUCAAGCUCUCCACGUCCUCAGGCCCCGCUCAGGAAGAGCAACCCUCCUCUUCAUCCUCUACCUCUGCUCCCCAAGCAGCAACAGAGAGCCAAGAGAAGGAGAAAAGUGCUACAGCCUCCUCCUCCUCGUCCAGCAGCUCCGCGGUGAAGCAGCAGCCGGAGUACAAACACGUAUGCCGAGUGUGUAAGAAGAGCUUCCGCUAUGCCACCACCCUCGCUCGCCACGAGAGGGCGCACCUCUCCGAGGACACACCGGCGCCGGUGGAGGAGAACCCGCCGGUGAAAGAGGAGGUGGCGGAGAGCAACGCGGCCAAACCGACUGAGGAGGAGAAAGACGAGGAGCUGAAGAAGGAGGCAGAGAUGGAGGAGGAGGAAGGAGGGAGGGGAGGUGAGAGUGAGGGAGGAGAGAGCGGGGAGUCGGAGGAGGAGGAGAAGGAGAAGGAGGAGAGGAGUGACGAGGAGGCGUCAGAACCAAAGAGUUUAGAGGGAGGAGAGGCGUCAGGAAGACGAGUGGACAAGAGGAAGAAGAUCUGUAACGUCUGCGGCAAAAGAUUCUGGUCUCUGCAGGACCUGACCAGACACAUGAGGUCACACACAGGUGAGCGGCCCUACCAGUGUCAGACCUGCGAAAGGACUUUCACCUUGAAGCACAGCCUGGUGCGCCACCAAAGGAUCCACCUGAAGCCCCGCGGAGCCGACGGCGGCUCAGCCGGGAACGACGACGCGAGCGAGGACGGGGACUCCUGCACCCCGACCCCGACCUCUACCUGCCCGCCCUCGGAGAACGAGAGCGAGUGUGGGGGGGCCAAGGAGCUGGAGGAGGAGGACGUGAAAGAGGAGGGCGAGGAGGGCGAUGGAGCAGAGUCGGCCACAUUGGAGGAAGAAGAGCCGACAGCCGUCGCUUCUGAAGAGCCGGUUGCUGAGGAAAAAGACGAACUAUCAGCGAACUCUGCGAUGCAACACCCGUCUGCUGACGCGACUCCCAGCCGACAAGCUACUGACACAAAGAGCGACGACUCCUCAGCCGACUCCAACGUCUCCAAAGACCCCUCCCCCUCGUCCUCCACCUCCCUGCCGGACGAGCCCGUGGCAGCUGCCCCCGCAGAGGGCUUCAUCCAGGGGCUGCUUGAGAUCCACGCCAAGCCCCCUCUGGAGCACAUCCUGCCCAACGGAGAGCCUCCUCUGGUGGGGAUAGACUGAGGGGAAUGUCCCCCGGCUGGCUCCACGCUGUCCAAACCAACGUCACCACAGUGCCAUACGACGGAAAGACGCUACACCAUUGAUGAUGAUGAUGCAAAAACCAGCCCGGAAAACUUUUUUGAUCGAAAGAAAGACGAAAACCUCGUUUUCUUGAAGUGCCUUACUACUAGUCCUACUUCUAAGAGAUGUUUUUUGCUAUAUCUUUAUCUGCAUUAUUACGGAGGAUGGAUCUAAUUUUUAUAGCUUUUUAUGAUGACAAUGAUUUGCAUUACUAUUUUUUUGUGCGGGGAAUCUCUAUUUCAGCAAUAAAAAGAAUAAAGUUUUGAUUUAUUAUUGUUCUAGAUUCUGUUUGAGAAUUGAUGAUCAACUUAGGAGGCUCAGAGAGACAGACAGAGACUGAGACCGACUGUCAGUAUCUGCGUUUAUUCUUCUGUAUUUAAAUCACAGCUGGGCUCGGGACGCGCGGCAGAGACUGGAACAGUCCAGUUUUAAGAUCUGAACCAGCUUCGGAUUUGAGAGCGAACUAGUCUGGGUGGGGAACUCGACUUUGUUUUAAUCUGCCAGCCACAGCAGCUUUCCACAACUCACCAGCCACUCGUCCUGCUUGACCAGGCGUUGAGAUAUUUUUGGAUGAAAUGCAACCUGGAGGUGAUGGCUGGUAGUUGUCUCUCACUGUGUGACAAAGGAAGCUUUUUGUAACUGGAAACCACAGAAUGGCCGGCGCCUCGCUUCCGCACCGAUCCCCGUCUCUCAGCCGGCUCGGAAAAACACACAAAAACUUUCACGAACUUUGUCAAAAGUCGAGUCCGAUUUCUGUGUGGAAAAAGAAGUCUUGGAAGGGCGGAUAUAGUGUUGAUCAGUUUGUGUUCUUCAUGUUUGUUUGUUUUUUAAAACCCAUCACACUAUUGAUCCCUUUGAAGCCACCCUGUGAGUUGGUUUGUGUUUUAAUAAUUUCUCAUUCAUAAUCAUUCUCAGUUGAUUCCAUGUGUGUACAGAGAGUUGAACAUGUGGCACGUGUUGCUAGAGUAUUUUCUGUUGUUUUUGCGUGUGUGCGAUUAUCAGUGACUUUUAGGUGUAGGUAGGGGAAUUCUUGUGUUUUGUGGAUUUUUUUUUUUAUAACUGAACAAAUCAAAACAUUUUUUUGUCGUGUGCGUAUGAGUGUGUGCGAUUCCCGCCUGUCUCUCUUCAUCGCCCUCUAGUGUUCAGUUAGGGUUUAUUACAGGGCCUCCAGCGUUCAGUUUACCUCAACCUCUGCUUUUUAACUGCAACCAUUAAAACAACGGAUGAGCAGCUCUGUAGGCAACCUUUUAAAUCCUUUGUCUUCCUGAACAAGGCUAGCAGGGUUCAUUCUUUGCUAGCCUUGUUUCCACUGUGGGCCAAAUCAGAGCUAGCCAGGGCUAACUCGUUAGCGUAGCUUCAGACACAGCUAGCCAUCACAAACGUGUUCAAGUCGUUACUGGUUUAGCUUUCACAACGGCCCAACAGAGCUACGUAUGGCUAACAGUAUCGGCGACAGUGUUGGGCUAAGUCUGGCACACGAACGAUAAAAACAGCAAACACAAGGGCUAACAGAUCAGACAAGAUAACCAAGCUACCAGUGCCUUCAUUUGGUUUACUUAAUUUCUCUGGUGUGGUCAGUUGGCUCUAGCUAGCUCUUAUCAUUACCCAUGGAUAUCAAACGCCUGCUCAAAUUACACGCUAACUAGGGCUAACCGACCAGAGCGGACAAGCUGACAGUGGAUUAGCUCAGUAAACUAGUUUGAUAUGGUCGGUUAACACGUUGCACCACAGUUGGUUAACAGCAUUUCUAGGAAGUGGCAGGUCAAGCUAGUUCCUGCAGUAUUAUCUCAGUCGGCUCUGGAGCGCUUUAGUACUGUUUGUCCCUAACCAACCCCCGUCUGCUCCUGUGUCCAUAUGAGGACUGUUUCCUGUUCCAGUCGACCCAGAGACAAACAGAAGAGCUAAUUAACUUUCACUUCUAUGUGACAUAUACUUCAGCUGUGUUGGUUCAUCAUCAGUGAGGUUAUUAGAUACCUGAAGACGCGGCUAUGAAUUUGGCGUUAGAGACAAUCAGUUGUAAUUUUCAAAUAGAAAACAGAUUAAAGAAAACUCACUCAGUUAAAUCUCAGCAGGAUUUCCAGAAGGAGUUAGAUAACAGGGUGAAAGGGAUGGAUGGAUGGAUGGAUGGGUGGAUGGAUGGAUGGAUGGAUGGAUGGAUGGGUGGAUGGGUGGGUAGGUUGAGGGGGUGUGAGUGAACUGUAUUACCCUGCUGCACACACAAACAAACACAAGUAAAAGGGCUAAUUCUACCCCCUUGCAGCAACCCAACCGGACAUUUCCACAACUGAAAAAGGAUCUCGCGACCAGAGGGGACGGGUAGUGUGUAUGUGCGUUUUCUUUUUCGUGUGAAGAUGAAUAUAGCUAAUUUCUCUUCUUGUACGUUUUUGUCUCUCUGUUUUUGUUUUGUUUUUUUAUAAAGCAACCUCAUAAUCAAAACGAAUCGAACCUCAACGGCUCAUAACGGAACUGUAAGGCAACGACGGUCAGUCAGUUUGUCAGUCAAAAAGAGAGGCGAGAAAUAUUGAACAACCACAACUGGACUGACUGGACGCUUGCUGUGAACUGGCACUAACAACUCCCAAAACUACUACUACUACUACUUCUUCUACUACUAGUACUACUACAGUGGAAUAUCGCAACACAAUCAAGAGAGAGAGCGAGAGAGUUUCAUUACGUCACGCCCAAACCCUGACACCUCGGUCUGCAGUCCUAAUAUCAAAUCACUGAAUGACAUCGAUUUCUGAAUCUACAGUGAGAAUCUGACAGAGGUUCAGGACUCCAGAAGUGUCACGUUUUGAGUCACAGCAGCAAGAUCGUGGUUGGAGACUAAUCUUCCUCAAUUCAGAAUAAAGUUUCUCCAAUAUGGAGGGUCUUCACUGGCGAUCAACUCCCACGUCAUCCGAAGCCUUUGAUCCAACGUCAACUAAAGUCUCUCGUAUUGUUCGAACACUUCCUGGAACCCAAAAUUAAAUGUAUAGAUUUCUAUAUCGUCUAUAUAAUGA